AUGGCUGACAACGAAGCAAAAGCUCGCCAAAAGAUGGCUGAAGGCAGGAAAAAGCUUCAGGGAGGCGGCGGAUUCUUCAGCAAAGUGUUCGGAGGCGGCGGUGGAAGCGGCGAAGCGGCGGAUCUUUUCAUUCAGGUGAAUAAUUCUUCUGUAGUUCGAGAUGGGUUGCGAAAUAGAAGUAGCGAUGAUGAAGAAGAAGCGAGCAGUAGUGAGAUCGAAUGCAGCUAUGCUGGAUGUCUGUUCAUUGCGUCGAACCUUCUGGAAUACGAGGAACAUUACGCCAGUCACUCCUUUCAAUGUUGCGAGUGUGGAACGCGUUUCGAUACUGCUCACCGUUUGGAAGUACACCACGACGAGCAGCACAAUCCAUUCUUUCAAAUUCAACUCCAACGCCAACCAGAUUCUGCUCACUUUAAGUGUCUUCAUCCCACCUGUGAGCUGAAAUUCUGUAACACUCGCACCCGAGAUGAACACUCCCGAGUUGUACACUUUAUUCAAGGAGAUUCGUCUCGGCGACGGAGAUUUGAUGAAAUCGGAACUGUCUUAAGUAAUUCAAUGGGCGGAAUGAGCAUUGACGAUGAAGAAGGAAGUGGGUGGACUGGAGGAGGAAACCUGUUCAAAAUGGCCAAAAACUGGAAGGAAGCCGGCGAAGCGUUCUUGGAGGCCGCCGAGUUCUACGCCAAGCAGGGAGACUCCAAACACGACUGCGCCACGCAAUACGCCGAAGCUGCCAAUUGUUUCCGCAAAAUUCAGCCAGAGGUUGAGGUUUUUCAAGCAAAAUGCCUAGUUUUAAUCAUGCACUAUUUCCAGCGCGCCGUCCAAUGCCUCGAGAAAACAUCGGAAAUCUACACCGAUAUGGGUCGGUUCACCAUGGCGGCCAAGAACCACGUAAGCAUUGCGGAGCUCUACGAGACGGAGCUUCCCGACAAGGAGCAGUGCGUGAAGCACUACCAACAAGCCGCGGACUAUUAUAAGGGAGAGGAGCAGAAGAGCAGCGCCAGCAAGUGUCUCGUCAAAGUGGCAAUGUAUUCGGCGGAGCUGGAGAAGUACGGACAAGCGAUCGCCGUUUUCGAAGAGAUCGCGUUCUAUGAAGCUGAUCAUUCCACUCUCAAGUAUGCCGCCAAGGGACACUUCUUCCAGGCGCUUCUGUGUCAUCUGAAUAUUGACCCGAUCAACACUCAACAAGCCCUUCAAAAGUAUGAGAAUGCAUCACCAUCCUUCUCCGAUUCCCGUGAAUGCAAAUUUGUGAAGGAACUGUUGGCGGCGAUCGAAGAGAAGAAUGAAGAGACAUUCACCGAGUGUGUAGCUAACUUUGACAAAAUCAGCAGACUAGACAAUUGGUCGACCUCCCUGCUUCUCAAGGUGAAGCGCACUAUCGAAGGAGGCGAUGACGACGAAGACGAUCUGCGAUAA